AUCAAGUACCCCUUACCGAUAAAGGAGGCCAUAGUUCAGUAUGGCGCCCCUGCUGUCCAAACUGCUCGGCAGCAGGGGCUAGGGCUGCAGGAAAACUUAGCCUUUAUUGUGCUGUUUACUUAGCUGAAACAUUAUAACAGCUAUUGCGAGACAGGACCUGCUGAAUAGGAAGGAAUGUUCUCUCAAUUCCUCAACCAGGUGCGGCAGUCCCUGUUCACAGGGCCUGCCGGCAGCUCCAACCGAAAAUUCACGCUAGAGGAGCUGCGGGCUCUCACGGACGUGCUGAACAAGAAUCAGGUCGUCACGGAGGCCAACAGGGCCCUGGUGGUAGAGACCAUUCGUUCCAUCGCGGAGUUUAUGAUUUGGGGAGACCAGAAUGAGCCCCGCAUUUUCGACUUCUUCCUGGAGAACAACAUCAUGCACUACCUGCACCGCGUGCUGCAGCAGCCAGCCAACCGGACGGGCGAUGUGGCGAAGCAGGUGCUGCAGACGCUCAGUAUUAUCAUUCAGAACAUCCGUAGCGAGACCGGGACCUACUUCCUGUUCAGCAACAACCACAUCAACAACAUUGUGGAGAUCAGGUUUGAUUUUGAAGACGAGGAGGUGCUGGGCUACUACAUCUCAUUCCUAAAAACCAUCAGCCUCAAGCUGAACCAGAGCACGGUGCAGUUCUUCUUUGACCGGCGCGAGGCCACAUACACAUUUCCCCUCUACUCUGAGGCGGUCAAGUUCGCGCACCAUAAGGAGGGCAUGGUGCGCGCAGGCGUGCGCACGCUCACGCUCAACGUGUACUCGGUGCCAGAUGCGGACAUCCAGGACUAUGUGGCGCGGCCGCCGGCCACCGGGUACUUUGCGGACCUGGCUAACUACAUAGCGGACCAGGUCAAGAUCCUGGACAAGCGCAUGCUGGCUGCGGAGGGCUUUAGCGCGCAGGUGCUUUCAUCACUGGACUCGGAGAUUGCGGAGGUGGAGGACAUGGUGUCCUACGUUUCAGACAUCCUGUCCACGGCUUCACCGCGGCUGGCGCACUUCAUGGCGGAGACGCUAUGGGUAUCGCUCGUGGGGCCCUACCUGCUGCGUUCGGUGCUUGAGUACGGAGCCAAUCGUGGGGCGGGGUCGCCGCGCGCGUCCGGAGGCGGUGGUGCACAAGCGGCCGGGCGGUCAGGGCGGCAAAGCGGCGGCGGUGGCUCGCCGGGCUCGCCGGUGUACCCCGGCGGCACCGCGCCGCCCGUGCGCGUGUCCUGCAGCCUGUACGUGCUGGAGCGGCUGCUGAUGCUGAUCACCUACCAGCCGCUGCUGCACAACCUGGCGCUGGCGCUGCUGGACCCGCGGCCCGGCUACCCCUCAUGCAGGCCAGCCUUCGCGGCGCUGUUGCGCGGCGCCGACCACCGCGCCGUGCCGGCGGCGCUGCGCUGCCUGGUGGCGCUGGUGCACAACCGGCACGCCGCGCCCGAGGUGCUGGCGCUGCUCGGGCUGGCGCCGCGCUCGCGCGCACCCGACGUGCACGCCGCCUGCAGCGCCGCGGACUGCAAGGCGUGCCGGCUGCAGGAGGCGCUGACGCCCAUGCCGCCAGGGGCGCCUGCGGCGGGCGUGGCGCCGGACCCGCUGGCGGAGGCCGCGCGACCGGUAGUGACCAGCACUGCCGGACCGGGCGCGCCGCCGGCCUCUGGUGUCGCGUUCGGGUUUCACACGAUCUGGUCUCACAUCGAGCCGUUUGCGCCGCCGCGGCCGGCAACGGCGCCGCUGCCGCUGGCGUCGCCGUCGAAGUCGGCUGGUGGCGAGGUGGAGAGCAGGGCUGUGGCGGUCUCGGACGCUGGGGCGCUGGAAGCACCCGCGGCCGUGCCGGCGGCAACUGGCGGCCUGGAGGUCGACCUCCUGGGGCUGGACCUGAAUGACGAGCCAGGGCCGAGCAGCAGCGGGGCGAGCGGUCUGGACGUGGGGCGGGGACACAGCGCGAUGGCAUCGCAGCCAGUCACCGUACAUCUGACGGCAGACACGCCGCUGCAGUACAGCCCGGCAGACCCCGCAGGGCCUGGGCCUGCCAGCUCUGCGGCGACCGUGGCUGGGACUUCGUCCACGUCGGCUUCGGCUGCGCCGCCCCUUGCAGACCUUCUGAGCUUGGACAGCCCAGAACGGAGUCAGCCGGGCCUACCGCCGCCGCCCCUGGCGCCGCCGCCACCACCACCGGCACCACCGCCGCCGCCCUUGCCCGACUCGCCGCGCGCGGAGGGCGACCUGCUCGGCCUGGACAGUCCAGGGGCCAGCGCCGCGCCGGCGGCAGCCGGCGCAGACGAGGACUCGCCUGUGGUCAAACCAGCAGCAACAGCCGCGCCCCAGCCGUCAGUGGCGUCAGCACCCACCCCACAGCCACCGCGGCCGCAGUCACUAGCGCAGCUGCCGCCGGGCAGCCAGAUCGACCUGCUGGGCAUGGACGAACCCAUGCUGCCCGCCGCCGUGGCUGCCACUGCCGCCACCACAGCCAACAUUACCGCCGUCAACAGCGACGCGCCUUCGCCCAGCGGCGGCGAGUCGCCGCGUUCCUCAGCGUCGGCGUCAGCGGCGCCCGGGGCGGCUGGAGGGCGGCCGCCGCAUGGGGGGCUUCUGGCGCCUGCCAACACACUGGCAUCUGCCAUGGAGGCCAUUGCAGCUAGCGGCACUGACGGGGCGGGCUCAGGCGCGGCAGGGGUGGAGCGGUCUGGUGCAGCGCCAAGGUCGGGGCCUGGCGCUGCCAGUGGAGGCGGCAGCGCAGCGGAUCUGCUUGACCUGGUUCCUGAUGCGGCAGCACCCAGCGCGGCAGUGCUAGGAACUGGCAGCUCGUCUGGCACGCAUGCCCCGCCAAGGCCGGCGGCAGCCGAACCGCGCGCGGCUCUGGACGCUCUGCGCCAACAGGCGUCAAGCGGCGCCAGCGGGAGCAGCACUGCAGCGGGCGCAUUGGGGGCUGCAGCAAGCGCCAGUGGCUCUGCGGCUGCAGUCAGUGACUUGUUAGGCCAUCCCCUAGAAACGGGCGCGAAGCAGGUGGCGCCUUCACCGGCGGCAGCCCCGUCGGCAAGCGGCCCACCGGCUGGGCCUGGCUUGGAUGGGCCGCUGGCGGGGCUGAUGGAUGUUUUUCCACAGGCGGCAGCCGCCGCAGCGGCAGUGGCGGCCACCGCGCUGAAGUCCACGACGGCCGCACUCGUGGACCAACACCCGCUGGGCGCCGCGCCCGCGUCAGCUCCCUCGCCCGGCAAGCAGGCGGCAGACCUUGCACGGAAGGCACCUGCACCCACCACAGGUGCUCCUGGGCCUGAGGCAUCUGCAGCAUCACCACAGCCCGCGGCAGAGCAGCCAGAUGCUCCGGAACCCGUAGCUGAGUCUGAGCCGGCGCCGGCACCACCAGCACCCGCGUCGCCGCCUCGGCCCCAGGGGCCGCCCUGCGCCUCGCACGCGCGGCCUGCUGCAGUCGCGGUGGCGGGUGUAGACAUCAUAGAUGCGUUGUUUGGCCUGCUGCCCGUCGGCCUGCUGCCGGUGCCGGCGCUGUGGAAUGUGGCGCUGCUGCUCAACCACCUGUACCCACGCGCCGAGGAGCAGCGCGCUCUGGAGCGGGAGCUACAGGCGCAGCCGCAGGCUGCUGCUGGGGUGGACCUCGCAGACCUGCUGGGCCAGGGCAGCGACGGCAGCGGUGCAGAGGCGGCCGGUGCCAGCGAGGCCAGCAGCGAGCCGGCAGACACACACCCACUGCACCCGACCAGCACGGCCACGUGGGCGUGCGCGCUGACUGCGGAGCAGCGUGAGGCGCUGCGGGUGGCGGCGGUGUCGGCUGCCAGCGCCGUGCUGGACGAGGUGGGCGGCAUGUGGACGGACGCGCUGGUGUCCAUGAUGGCGCUUGAGUGGCCGGCGGCGUACGAGGGCGUGACGCGGCCCAACCUCCGCACCGGCGCCGAGAACCUCAUGGCGGGGCCGCACCUCUACCCGCGCCAGACGGGCCGGGGCCUGUCCAGCAUCUCUGGCCGCAACGACCAGGGCCUGAGCGGCUCCGCGGUGGCGGCGCUGCACUGCUACCACGCCGUGUGCCGCCUGGUAGCGCUGCUGCACCUCCACAACGUGCUGGCUACUGGCGCCACCAGCCGCCGCCCGCCGCCGGCCUGCCCGCUGCCGCCCAACGGCGACGUUGAGCUGCGCGAGUGGGACGUCAUGGAGGGGCAGGAGGUGGAGCUGCAGGUUGGCUCCGCCAUCUCGUGCAUCGUGUCCUUCUCGCCCGGCCAAGAGCGCCGUGUGUACUUCGCCGCGGCGGGGCCGUCGCUGCGGCGCGAGCUGCAGGACGCGCAGGCGCUGCUUGCGGACCCCAACGCGCAGGCGGUGGUGCUGCACUCGUCUCCCGCCGUGGUGCUGGCCGACCCCGCGCCCACCCGCCUCAACGCCGGCAUCGCGCUGUCCGUGGCGCCGCUGCUGGGCUGCGACCCCAAGGUGGACGGCAACGUGGCCAAGUGGCUGCACGUGCACGUGCGUCCCAGCGUGCGGGGCCUGCUGCGCCUGCUGCGCUCCGCGGCGGGCGGGCGCAAGGGCGGGCUGCUGGGCGCGCUGCGCCACCUGGUGGACGGGCACUGGGUGCUGGCGUUCCCGGACGUGGAGCGCGCCAGCAACGCGCGCAGUAUGGUGGAGCAGGCGGCGCACAAGCUGCGGGCGCUGUACUGCGAGCUGCUCAGCCCACUGCUGGGUGCGGUCAUGGAGUGAUGGGUGGGUGACCGGGGGGCGUGGGGAUCCAUGGCUGCAGCCGUGUGUGUGUUUUGCGAGUCAGGGGCGGUGGCGCGUGCGGGGAGAGAGACAAGGCGCGUGGGCGUGUUGUGCAGUGGAGCAGUGUCUCGUGUUUGUGUGGCGCGUGGUAAAAUGCGUUGUGUACGAGUACUUGACGGUCCGGGGCGAGUUGCGUGAUGGCGUGGCGUUGGUGGCGGACGCUCCAGGGAGGGGGUGGUGGACUGGCGGGGUAUGUGGCGCCUGGUUCGGGUAUGCCGUGCUUCCGGGCGACCGAGCCUGAGUCGCUUGAGUCAGAUUACAUGGACCUGGUACAGUGUGCUACGGUAGUAAGCAAACUCAAUGUGGGUGCGUGCACGGGCUCGUUUCCAUGCUCGGGCUUCCUCGCACAUCGGCGGGAAUGGAAACAAAGGUCUGAACAGGCGCCGAGCAUAUUAAGGCACGGUGCAACAAAUGCAACGCCGAUAUGUAAAACACGGCGCUA